AUGCUACUUCCUCGUAUGUGGGUGAGUAUUUGUCUGUGCAUUUGUCUGCUACUGGAUAUCAAUGACUGUAUCUCUCUCUCUCUCGAUAUAUGUGACUAUCGAUAUGUUUAUCUAUCUAUCUAUCUAUCUAUCUAUCUAUCUAUCUAUCUAUCUAUCUAUCUAUCUCACUUAUUCUCUUUCUUUCUAUCCAUCUCUCUGUCUAUCUAUCUAUCUAUCUAUCUCUCUGUCUAUCUAUCUAUCUAUCUAUCUAUCUAUAAGGAUGUUUAUAUCUAUCUCCAUAUAUAUAAGGCUGUUUAUAUCUAUCUCCAUCAAUCUAUAGGUAUCUAUCUCUCUCAAUAUGUGUCUAUUGAUAUGUUUCUAUAUCUAUCUAUCUAUCUAUCUAUCUAUCUAUCUAUCUAUCUAUCUAUCUAUCUCAGUCUCUUCAUAUCUAUCUAUCUAUCUAUCAUCUAUCUAUCUAUCUAUCUAUCUAUCUAUCUCAGGCUGUUUAUAUCUAUCUAUCUAUCUAUCUAUCUAUCUAUCUAUCUAUCUAUCUAUCUAUCUAUCUAUAUCCCUUUAUCUAUACCUACCUAUAUCUGCUUCUGGUCAGUUAAACAUUUCUGUCUUCCAUUUUUUUCUCUUUUUUCUCUCUCUCUCUUUUUCUCUCUUUUUCUCUUCCCUUUUUCUCUCUACUUUUUUCUCUUUUCUUUCUCUCUCUCUUUUUCUCUCUUUUUCUCUUCCCUUUUUCUCUCUACUUUUUUCUCUUUUCUUUUUUCUCUCUUUUCUCUCUUUUUCUCUUUUUUUUCUCUCUUUUUUCUUUUUCUUUUCUCUCUCUUUUUCUCUCUUUUCUCUUUUUUCUCUCUUUUUCUUUUCUUUCUCUCUCUCUUUUUCUCUCUUUUUCUCUUCCCUUUUUUUCUCUACUUUUUCUUUUUCUUUUCUCUCUCUUUUCUCUCUUUUUCUCUUCCCUUUUUCUCUCUACUUUUUUCUCUUUUCUUUCUCUCUCUCUUUUUCUCUCUUUUUCUCUUCCCUUUUUCUCUCUACUUUUUUCUCUUUUCUUUCUCUCUCUCUUUUUCUCUCUUUUUCUCUUCCCUUUUUCUCUCUACUUUUUUCUCUUUUCUUUCUCUCUCUCUUUUUCUCUCUUUUUCUCUUCCCUUUUUCUCUCUACUUUUUUCUCUUUUCUUUCUCUCUCUCUUUUUCUCUCUUUUUCUCUUCCCUUUUUCUCUCUACUUUUUUUUUUUUUUUCUCUCUCUUUUCUCUCUUUCUCUUCCCUUUUCUCUCUACUUUUUCUCUUUUCUUUCUCUCUCUCUUUUCUCUCUUUUCUCUUCCUUUUCUCUCUACUUUUUCUCUUUUCUUUCUCUCUUUUUUCUCUUUUUCUCUUUUUCUCUCUACUUUUUCUCUUUUCUUUCUCUCUCUCUUUUUCUCUCUUUUUCUCUUCCCUUUUUCUCUCUACUUUUUUCUCUUUUCUUUCUCUCUUAA